GAACCCUCACUCUCGCACUCACAUUCUCUUCGCUCUUCAAAAAACUACAGCAUGGCGCGUCCUUGUCCCAGUCCGUUACAGCCUGCGAUACUUUUGGGCGCUCCUUCUUUUCCCAACGCCAUUACUUGGUCCGACGACAACCUCAUUGCCGUUGCUUCCGGCCACCUCGUCACCAUUCUCAGACCUGACUUGCCUGUUGGUGGACCACGAGGCGUGAUUAAAAUCUUCCCAAACCAGCCUCUUCGCGUAGGGAUUGUAGAAAGACAAGAUUUACUCUCUGGAUGCCUCCUGCCAACAGCUUUGUAUAGGGAUGAUAAGCCUGUUGUCCGAUCAAUAUCAUGGUCUCCGCUUGGCAUGGCUGCUAAUUCAGGGUGCUUGAUCGCUGUGUGCACCUCUGAAGGACAUGUGAAGAUUUAUCGUCCGCCUUUUUGUGAUUACUGUGCUGAAUGGAUUGAGGUUGUGGACAUAACUAAAAGGCUGUAUGAGCAUCUUAAAUGUACUGAGUUUCGAGGUAUAGGGAUUUCCACAUUGGAUGUAUUUGAUAAAAAUGCAUCAGAUCAAAUGGAUUCUUUGUAUAAACAUAAUGGGAAAUUGUUAAAAGAAAAGUCUGAGAACCACUCGUUGCCCCUGAUAAGUGCUGAUCAAUAUGCUUCUCGUAGUGCAAUGCUAUGUUCCCUUGUUGUUUCAUGGUCUCCCUUGCUGCAUUUAGCAUCUGAAUAUUAUCCAGUUUGCGAUUCUUUCAGUCUGCUUGCUGUGGGAGGGAAGUCUGGUAAAAUUUCUUUAUGGAGGUUUCAUCCACCAGAUUGUUAUACUAUUGAAGACAGAGAAGUUCCAACUACUGUGAAGUUUGCUGGCCUCCUUCAUGCACACAAUUCUUGGGUUACUAGUAUAAGUUGGUUGUUGUUUGCUUCUGAUCCUUCAAAUCCUCAAAUUUUAUUAACUUCUGGAAGCUCUGAUGGCAGUGUGAAGAUUUGGUUGGCUGACAAUGACAAAUUGCUGAAAUUGUCAAAAGUGGAUCAAACUUCCUUCUCGCUAUUGAAGGAGGUUAUGACUCUCAAUGCUGUCCCAGUUUCUGUACUUUCAGUAACUGUGCAUGUUCAAUACCCUUCCAAGAUUCUUUUAGCCAUUGGCAAAGUUUCUGGUUCAUUUGAAAUAUGGCUAUUCGACAUAUCAUCAAGGGAAUUUGAUAAGCUUGGCUCAUAUUAUGCUCAUGAUUACGUUGUUACAGGUUUGACCUGGGCAUUCGGUGGACGAUUUCUGUACAGCUGUAGCCAGGAUAAUUUAGUGCAGAGCUGGAUUUUGCGUGAGAAUCAUCUUGAUGGAGUAACCCUCAAUUCUGAUAUGCCUCGUGACAGUUCAAUCAAUAUUUCAAGAGAUACAUUUGAUUCAUGUUUUGGUGUAGCAGUGUCCCCUGGAAAUCUUGUCAUUGCAACUGUUCAUUGCUUUGAUAUUGAGAAAUUGAACCGAAUGUAUGAAGGAAGGGUGCUAAGGGCAGCCGUUGAUUACUUUUGGAUUGGCGGGCUACAAAUGGAUGUUCAGCUGAAAUCCCCUUUUUCAUGCUGCAUUGAAGAAAAUUCUAGUUAUCUGGAAAAAGAAUUAAUUUAUUGGGGAACCAAUAUCAUAUGGUCUUUAAACCAAUAUCAAUGUCAUGAUAAGCCUUUGGUUCUUUGGGAUAUAAUUACAGCAUUAUUGGCGUUCAAGGAUGACAAUUCAAAAUAUGCAGAAUAUAUAAUCAUUAAGUGGAUCUCAUCAUCGUUCCUUCAAUUGGAUAUGGAUCUUCCUUCUGAAAAAGUUUUAUCAUUUGUCUCUUCAAGCUUGUCAGACCUUCCAUCUCGACUGCUGCAUUUGUUCAAUAUAAUCUGUAGACGUGUAAUAUUAGCAGAGCUGGAUGCUGAUCAAAUAACUGGAUUUACCAAAACGGUUGAAAAGCUAGAAAGGGUAUGUCCUUCCAUGGAAAAACACAUUACAAAGUGGACAGAAAUUCUUCUAAGCAGUGAAAGAGAGCUCCGGAAAAGGCUUGUGGGAUUUAGUUUUUCCAUUUUCCGAACUAGCAUGUCAAAUUCUGAAACAUCUUCCCAACAUGGUUGUUGGUAUCCUGUUGGACUAGCGCAGAUGGAACAAUGGAUUGCUUCAGACCAGGAACAUUUAGGUGACCAGUUGAAAGCCAUUGUUUCAGAAGUUAGUCACAAGAAAAGGUUCCUGGCCAAUAGAUGUUCAGCAGUUGAGACAUGCAGUUUUUGUUCAGCAUCCGUUCCAUUUGAGUCGCCUGAGUUUGGUUUUUGUCAAGGUGGAAAUUCCAGUGAUGAUGAUGUUAAGCCUCACAGGUUACUGAGAUGUGUUGUUUCUAUGCAGGUUUGCCCCAUUACUCCCUUGUGGUAUUGUGUCUGUUGCCAUAGGUCAGGGUUUAGAUUGGCACCAGAGCCACUUUUUAGAAUGUCUUCAUUUCAUGUAGAUUCAGACUCUUUCAUUAAAUCUUCCUCUGAAGCAGUGUCCUCAAAACCGUUUUGUCCCUUUUGUGGGAUACUGCUACAGAGACAACAACCAGACUUUCUCCUCUCUCCUAGACCUGUAUAAGAAUAUUUAAUAUUAUUUUUAUACAAGUAGUUUAUUUUUAUUUUAA